AUGGACAUGCUGCGGGUGGUGCUCGAUCGUCAUCUCGAGGCCGAGUUUGAUCGUGUGUGGCCGCUGAGGCCCACCGUCGCGGUCAUCGACGCCACGGUUACCGAUCUGCCGCCGCCUGUUGCCCAAGCAUUGCCUGUUUUGGGCUUACCUGGUGCAGCGAGUAGGAGUGGAGGAGGCUCGGAAGGCGUGUGUGGCGAAGAUGCUGAUGAUACUCGCGGGCAGGUCGCCGGCUACGCUCCAGGGUGCAGCGAGAUGGCGUCGACGUCGAGCGAGUCCGGCUAUGCUACAGCCCACACCAUCUCUCCGCAGCCAACGGAGGCGACAGCGUAUCCAGGCGUGUUUGAGGGUGGGAGCGAGGACGAGGACAUGAUCAUCACGUUUUCGGACUCGUUCUUUGACGAGUGCUCCGACCUCGAGCUCGACUCGGACGUUGACGACGAGCUUCUUGAAAGAGGCGGGGUCGAGAGCAGGAGCGACGGCGGCCCCAAGCUCGACGAGCUCGCGUCAGACUCGGAUACCGGCCUGGACGUGCGGAUGGCGGUGUACGCGUCCAACUCGUGGACGACGCAGUACUACGAUAGCACGACGCGGAUCGCGGCGUUGCGGGCCAAGUUUGCGCCGUACUCGACUGAGAAGAGUCACCAUUUUGUCUCGGCGUUUGGCGUUGUCUAUGACGACGACGUGGCACUGGGUGAACUCCCACCCAACGUUGAGGUCCUCACGGUACUCUCGACCGAAGCGCUCGAGGCACACACAGCGCUCGACACUGCGAUUGAUUCGCUGCUGACCAUGCCUGCGCGGCCGCAUCUGUCCGACUACGAGGCGGCUCGCGUAAACCGCGGGCGGACGGUGCUGCAGCGGCUGCGGUUCCACGAGGACGUGCGCGACGUGGUGGCGCCGCCGCUCCCGCUCUCGCCGCGGGUUGUCAAGGUGCCGAAGCUCCCGUCCGAGAUCAAGGUUCUGCACAAGCUGCAGCGCGCGUCAUCGACCAAGACACUCGGCGCGAGCAGUGGGUCCAGGCUCAACUCAUCGGGCGCGGGCCACAAGCUCGGCUCUGCGGUCAUUGCGCGGACACUGUCGUCAUACCUGCCGCUGAUGGUGGUGGAACGGUGCGCCCAGCAAGUGGGCUCAAAGUGGCAUGCUGAGGCCAUGCAUCCGCCGUUCUACGGUACGGUGGUCAUGUGCGACAUCUCGGGUUUUACCGCGCUCACCGAGCAGCUGGCAUCGUGCCGCGACGGAGCGGAGCAGCUUGUGGCGCUGCUCAACAACUACUUUGGUGGGCUCAUCUCGCUUGUGCGCAACCACGGCGGCGACGUAGUCAAGUUUGCGGGCGACGCGCUGCUUGCGGUUUGGGCAUCCCCCAGUGGCGCCGACGGCGCGGCUACGUGUGCACUGCGGGCAGCCCAGUGCGCGCUGGAGAUUCUGACGCGGAUGAACUCGAACGACGACCCGACCCGGCCGCGGCUGCACAUUGCGCUGGCGUCGGACUCGCAGUUGACGAUGCUACAGCUUGGCGGGCGCGGGAACAAGUGGGAGUUUGUGCUUGUUGGCUCGUCGCUCGGCCUGCUGGAGGAGGCGCUGACGGCGGCGUCGCCAGACAAGGCUGUUCUCACCCACGCCACGUGGGAGCUUGUGCGGUCGCGGGUCGAGGGCGUGCCGCUGAGCGAAGGUGUGGAGUUGCGUGGCAUUGUGCGGCCGAUCGACUCGGCGCCGCUGGAGGACCCAGACCUUGUGGGAGCGUCGGGGGUGGACAUGGCGCUGCGGAUGUUCAUUCCGCGAGUCAUCCAGCGAAACACUGGGCGCGACGUGUUUGACCGGCAGGGCAAAUGGGUUGCGGAGCUCCGCAAGGCCACGGUUCUGUUUGUCUCUGUGGGCGGCCUGGAUCUUGAUGCGCCACCCGAGGCGCUUAUUCCAACCAUGGACGCAGUGGUGCUUGCCAUCCAGGCUGCAGUCUUCAAGUACGGUGGUAUUGUCAACAAGUUUCUGGUUGAUGACAAGGGGUUUGUCUGUCUCGCCGGCUUUGGCCUCCCGCCAAUGUCGCACGAGGACGACGCGCUGCGCGGGAUUCUGGCUGGGGCUAUGGCGCAGGACUCGCUAUCGCAGCUCGGGCUCGCACCGUCGAUCGGCAUCACGACCGGAGUGGCGUUCUGCGGGGUGGUGGGCGGCGAGCUCCGGCGUGAGUACACCAUGAUGGGCGACAUGGUGAACACAGCUGCGCGGCUGAUGAAGGCCUUCCCGGGCUCACCGGUGGUGUGCGACCAGGCGACGGUCCGGGCAGCAUCGCUCCUCGACCACUCGCUGCAGUUCACCUCACUCGGCGAGAAGAUGAUGAAGGGCAAGGCACUGCCUGUCGCCGCCUUUGCACCGAUGCUCUCGUCGGAUGCAGAGCACACGGGACGAGCACUGAAGCGUGGCGAGUCAAUGCUCGAGCUCAACGUCGAGGUUGUGGGCCGGCAGCGGGUGCUGCAACGGAUGAUGCGCAUGACGGCUGGCGACGGCGGGGCGUCGACGGCGGCGGCGCUGCUCAUGCUAGAGGGAGGGGCCGGGAUCGGGAAGUCACGGCUGCUGGAAGAAGCUGUGGCCAACGGCGCCAAGAACAAGCUGCAGGUCUUUGAUGUCUGCGGCGAUCCGCACAAGCGGAAGGUUCCGUUCUUUCCGUGGAUCGCCAUGCUCGAGCGACUGUUGGGCAUUGCGGACGUCGAGUACGCACGCGAGGACGCGGCGCGGGCGGCGCUGGCACGAGCAACGUCGGACACAUCCAUGAUUGACUCGCUCUGGUUGCUCAAUCCUGUGCUCGGCCUUGACCUUGCCCGCAAGCGGCUGGUCUCGGUCGGUGACGAGUCGGACUCGUGCGAGUACGAGUACGAUUACACCUACACCUACACCGACGAGGUCACGGCCAGAUGCUGUAACGGAGGCUCGUCGGCCAGCAGCUGCUCCGGCGGAGGCGCAUGCUCGGGAGCUGGUUCGGCUAGCAGCUCGGCGGCGUCGUCGAGCAGCUCAGCGCAGCCCCGCUCGAUCAAGAAACGGCGGUCGCUGCUGACCUCGUUGCGGUCCAAGGUGAGGCGGAAGGGCAAGGGAAAGGGAAAGGGAAAGGGCAAGGAGAAGGCCGAUGGAGUGGGCGAAGGCGGGAGCAAGCAUAUUCGCAAGCGGGUCCGCAAGCGGAUUCGCAAGCGAGUCCGCAAGAGUGGCGGCGGCAAGCGGCGGAAGGUCGGCAAGGCUAGGGCCAAAGCCAAGGCCAAGGCCAAGGAUCGGAGCCGAACGACGUCGCUCUCGGUGCCCAAGGCGCGAAGCAAGGCGGCGAUGAAGCAGCGGGAGUGUGCAGCCAAGGGCAAGAUAUCGCGGCCGUCGUCUGCGGACCUUAACGCGUACAUAUGCAAGGUUGUGGCAACGCUGGCGCAGUUUGACGAGCGCAAGAGCCUCAUUGCGGUGGACGAUGUGCACUUGUUUGACGCCGGCUCGCGGUCGCUGCUCCUGGCGAUGGUGGAGGCGUACGGGCAAAAAGGGAGCUCAGCCAGGGUGGUGUUUAUGAUCUCGUCGCGACCGUACACUGCGCAUGUGCCGAGCUUCUAUCAGACACUGGUGGGCCACACAGCACCUGGGUACCACCUGGUUCUCCCGCCGCUUGAGAAGGAGCAUGUUCGGCAACUUGUUGGCCUGCGGCUCAACGUGCGGCAGGUGGACGAGGCAGUGGCCGAGUUUGUGGCGGAGAAGUCUGGCGGAAACCCGUUCUUUGCGCAGGAGGUUGCGACGGCGCUCGCCGAGUCGGAUGCGGUGCGUGUGGACAUGGGCGCGUCGUCGGUAGUUGCGACGCGGGCGCUGAACGAGGUAGAUGUUCCGCUCUCGCUGGCGGGGAUCAUCACGGCGCGGAUCGACCGGCUUGCUCCGUCUCAGGCACUGACGCUCAAGGUUGCGGCUGUGUUUGGCAAAGAGUUUGACGCCUUUGGCCUGCUUGCGGUCCUGCCGCGGACCGGGCGGCGAAAGCGCGGCGAAGCUGCGGCGGCGGUGCGGUCUGCGCGAGUCUCGCGAGCAGCGUCGUUCAUCAUGGGAGCGGCGGGCGAGGUCGAGUCGUCGGCGGACGAGGAGGCCAAGGUCCGCGAGACGCUUGCAGACGAUCUUGUGGCGCUCAUGCGGCUGGAGUUUAUCUCGCUCCGACCGUCGCCCGAGUACGAUGCGUCGUCGUUUGUGGAGACGCUGAAGAGCGGCGACACUGUGGCUGCGAUUGCGCAAGAGGUCGCAUACGAGCUGAUGCUGUACAAGUUCCGCAAGACGAUCCAUCUCCAGAUCGCAGCGUGGUACAAGUCGUGCGGAGUCUCGGGCCCGUCGGUGGACUACCACAUCCGGCGCGGCGAGGGUAUGACCUCGCAGAGCAUUGCCAGCCUAGCGGCGACAGGUGAGUCUGCAGCAAGUAGAGGUGAGGUGCUGCCGAAGAGCGGGGCGUCUGGCGGGCUGGGUGAGCUCUCUCACGCGUCGUUUACGUCGUCUUCAUCAUCAUCAUCGUCGUCGUCGUCAUCGGGCGACGACGGUGCAAUCUCCGAGGGCGUGAUGUCUGGGUGGGACGCACGGCAGCUGUACGGGUUUGAGUCUGAGUUUGACAUGUCGGACAGUGGGUGGAUGUCGGACGGAGGCGAGGCCGAGACCGAGGCGGCGCGGUCGUCGGAGACGAGCGAGGGAGGCGGGCAGAGCCGGGUACAGUCGCGGUCGCUGGAGGCAAAGGAGCCCGAGUGGCUAAUUGUGCGGCUGUACGCGGGCGCGGGCGAGCGGACCAAGACGCUGCGGGUGAACGUGAAUCUGGGGGCGGAGGAAGUGCUUGCAGCGAUUUGGGCGAGCCACUCUACGUUCCUGGAGUCGAACAAGGUGAAGGGCGGCGACGCGUCUGAGUUUGCGCUCAAGGUUCGCGGGCUGUGUGACUACUUGUCUGCGAUUGAGGGCCCAAUCAUCAGCUCGCUGUACCUGCAGCGGUGCCUGCGGUCGCGCAAGCUUCCGGAGCUUGUGAUCGAGGCUAAGAGGCAGGCGCUGGCGCCUGUGUCGCAGGCGCACAGUGCGGAGCGGCGAAGAGCGCUGGCGGAGCCAAUGCUUGCGGCGCCGGCGGAAGAAGGCGGAGCCGAAGUGGGCCGCGGGGCGGAGGUCGUCUCGUCGCUGGAACUUGGCGAGGCGAAGCUUGGGCUGACGCUCCUUGCACUCGAUCCCGAGUCGCCAAGUGUGACCGGGUGGCUUGUGCGCGGCAGCGACCAUCUUGCGCCUCUCGGCAGCGUGGAGCGGACGUUUACGCUUGCGGUGAGCGAGCUUCCGCGUGAAGCUGCUGUGGAGGUUGCUGUGGGAGAGGGGAGCGCGCGGAUCUCGCUGUUUGACGAAGAUGGGCUGCUGCUGCUGGGCCGGCACACGGUGUAUGUGGCGUCGCGGGAUGGGAGCGCGCGCUGGUUCCCGGUGGUAGUGGAGGUUGGGGUGGAGCCAGGCCUUGCGACCGGCGUUGCGGUGCGGUACCCACGGGUGCAAGAGGCGUUCCUGUUUGAGACGCGCGGGCAUCUCAAGCCGCCGUCUGAACUUGCAUGGAAGAAGAUCGAGGCUGUGCUUGCGCGGACAAAGCGGGCGUCGGGAGUUGAUAUUGCGCUGUUGUGGCAGUACAUGCCGUUUCUCACGACGCGGCCAGACGCGCUGGCGAAGAUCUGGCGCGGGAUCAACUGGCAGGAUGCAGAGUUUGUGGGGCGGGCGUACGGGUAUCUCGGACAGUGGUCGCCGAUCGGGUGGCUGGCAGCGCUUGAGCUUCUGGGCACGGAGUUUGUGGACGCGAGAAUCCGGGCGUUUGCAGUGGACAAUAUCCGCGGGCUCGGCGACCACUUGCUGCAGCGGCUUGUCCUUCCGCUGGUGUACGCGGUGCUGAACGAGGAGCGCGACGGGUCUGCGCUUGCGGGCUUUCUAGUUACGCGCGCGCGGGCGUCGCAGCGGCUGACGAUGGCGCUAUUCUGGGCGCUGCGUGCCGAGGCGCAGGCGUGCCCGUGGGUCGGCGAGCGGGCGCGGGUGCUGACCGAGGCGCUGCUGCGCGUCAAGGGCGGAUCCAAGGGCACGCUAGUGUCUGCGCUCUCUGCGCAGGUCGGGUUCCUGCAGCGGCUGCAGGUUGCGGCGGACGCGCUGCUCUCCGGCAGCGCCAAGGAUGCUGGCGACAUUGCGCCGCUCCUCCGCAGCCGCGGCGUCUCACACCCGCUCCAUCCACGGUGGGUUAUGGGCAAGGUACUUGCGGACGAGUGCUCUGUGAUGCGUGUGGAGGCCGGAACCGGGCGGGUGACGCUCAAGGUGGCGUAUUCGAACCACGACACGGCGGGCGAGCCGUUUUACUUUCUGUUCAAGACAGGAUGCGAUCUGCGUCCGGAGCAGGGUGUGCUGACGGUGCUCACGAUGAUCGACCGGGUAUGGCUGCAGGCCGGGCUUGAUCUCAAGCUCGACCCUUACACCACGCUGGCGACCGGGGCGCAAGCCGGGCUGGUGGAGCUGCGAACCAAGGGCGAGGUGGCCGGGCUUGGCGACAUUGCGGACGAGACCAAGGCGGGCAAGGCUGAGGCGCUGGCCAAGUGGCUCGCGCGGCGAUCGGGGACAGAGGAGGCGUUUGCCUCGUCGGCGGCGGCGUACCUGGUGGCAUGCCACGUGCUCGAGCUUGCAGGCGAGGUUAUGGUGGAGGGCGAGACCGGCGAGAUGUUCCUGAUCUCGCUCGAGCCGGGCUCGGUCCGGGGCUGCGCGCAGGUGAUUGCCCAUGUUGUGAGCAUGAUCCGGUCCGAAGCCGCGUGGGAGGGCUGCAUCACCGCCGCACUCGACGGAGUUGAGGUCCUCCGCCGUGAGCGCGGCCUCGAGGUGGUCACCUUGGGUCUGUUUGACACCCUUGGUCUCCGCUGCCGCAUGCCAAUCGUCCUCGGCGCGUCUGCCACCGUAGUCCGGGCUCGGCUCGAGGCCCGGCUCCGUGCCGUCCGCGAUCAGGUGAUCCAUGGCCAGUAGCGAUGAGUAGCGACAACACAAUACAAGCAGAG